AUGACCAGCACAAGCAAGAACAAAAAUGCUGUAGUCACCAAGCUAGUCCCACUUUUCAAAGUCGAAGAUAAAAAUGAACUUGAAGCGAAAAUCACUCUGGCAAUUAAAAACUUCAAGUUCUAAAGAAAGUAGAGGAUAUUUUAAAAUUCAUGUAAUCCAAUCAAUUUAAUUCAAAACUAAGAAAGUGAGGUUGGAGGGCUGACAAAAAUACUACAUAAAUUUAAUGAGCAACAGACAAUACACAGGGAAAUACUUGAAGACUAACCUAGAAACGAAUUUUAUGCUAAGUCAUUUAACUCAAACAAAGUUCAAAUAAGAGAAAUAAUAUUUGUCAUGGAUGUAGGAUCCAGUAAUGGAAUUUUGAGCAUGACGGCUGCAAGAGCAGGAACGAAUUAUGCUUAUGCGAUUAAAAUGAGCAAGAUGGGUGGCAAAACUGUUGAGAUAUUUGGAUAGAAUAUAAGUUGGCAUAAUAAUAUCAAAAUUUAAUGGGACUGCCUCUUUUAUGAAGAAACCUUUAAAGUGAAAUUAUGCAAGAGAACAAGUUUUGAAAGCUUCUGA